AUGGGCAGAGAGAUUUCGCAAUCCAUUCCUUGCCAUGUUCCAAACAAAAACAUCUCCGAGCUGCUACAGACGGAUUUAAUCUAAAAACUUUCUACAAUAACUUCUCCACGUUGGCGGAUGGUUGACGUAUUCAUCGCUUAGUAAAGGCGUGACCGAGGACCAGUCCAUUGUGUGUCUUCUUCUCAGCACCAGAGCAGGCCUUUGGUCAGAUCUCUCCUGAAGUCAGCACAGCCCAAUGAGCCGGCAGCAGCAGCAGGCCAAACUCUCCACUUCUGACCACAACGGAGUGAGCGUGAUACAGAGCCAACCCCACGCCUCCUCCCUACAACAGGUUCCUCAACUGGUCCCUGCAAAUCCCUCAGCACCCGGAGGAAAAGCUUUGGCCCCGAGCAAGAUGAAGAAGGCCCAGGCGGACAAGGACAGCGAGGAGUACCGGCAGAGAAGGGAGAGGAACAACCUGGCCGUGAAAAAGAGCCGAAUGAGGAGCAAACAGAAGGCAAUGGACACGCAGCAGAGAGUCAACGAGCUCAAGGAGGAGAAUGAACGUCUCGAGGCCAAAAUCAAACUCCUCAGCAAAGAACUGAGCGUACUUAAAGACCUGUUCCUGGAACACGCGCACAACCUUGCCGAUAACGUGCAGCCCCCCAACGUAGACGGAACAAGCCCUGCCCCUAGCGCUCCCAACGGACAGUGAGACCGGCGUUGCCCUGCUGGUGGUAGACCCGGAUUACUGCUACUACUACUACUACUACUACUACUCCUCUUCCUCGUCUCCACUGCUCUUUCAGGUUCUUUUUUGAGCAUAAGCACCCGCACCUCCCGCUUAAAGACAUGGGUUUCAAGAAUGUGCGAGCUGGCGCCACAUUCGACCGAGUUAAAGUUUGUAAAUAUUGUCAGAAAGGAUGAGUUUAGAUGGAAAACGCUGGGGCUGUGACAACUAAUCAGAUGCAUUGUGAUUUGUAACUAAUACGUUAACGAAAGAGUUAAUAUUUGUUUUAUACCCAAAAGUCACUGACAGUUGAAAAAAAUUCAUAACUUUUCUAAAUAUUUUUCAUUUAUUUUUCCAACUGUAUAAUGAGCAAAUAUAGUGCCGAGGAAUGAACCCUCAUUGUACAGUGGUACGUUGAGUCACAUGGGUCAAAUUCAGAAACCCAGCAGUGUUACUGUCGACAUUUUAAUACCAGAGAUGCCCCAAGUGUAAAUGCCAUUAAAGGAAUAAUAAGUGGUUUUCAAAAACGGGGUGCAGUAUGUGAUCUCCCGAGACCUUACUAGUCCCAAUUUCUUCCUGUGGGGCGAUCUUAAUCAAAAGGUGUUUGUGAAUAAACCUCAGACAAUAAACGCCUUAAAACAUAAUAUCGAGGAUCAAAUAAGAGCCAUAAACCCGGAAAUAGGGCUAUUCAAUGCAAAACUGAAAAUGGUGGACAAUUAAAACAUUAUUUUUAAAAAUUAGGUCAUUUUUACUUCCCCUGGGUUAAGUAGUGAUAAUUUCAAGUGUAAGUGAACAAUUAUAAAUGUAUAUAGUGCCAAAAAUCUUGGAAGGUUCAAUUUACCUACUGCUAAAAUUUGGUGAGUAUAACUUAAGAAUUAUAGGAGCUAUUGAAAAUUUAAAAGUGUCAGUGACUUUUGGGCAAAUGGGUAUAUGUCAUGAAAAGAGAUUGUAUGAGACAAAUCAGAUUAACACUAUAUACCGUAAAUUUCGGUCUAUUGAGCGCAACUGAAUAUAGGCCACACCAGCUAAAUUUUAAAAGAAAAGGUUUUCAUGUUGUAACGUGAGAUAUUUACACAGAAAGAUGGUACAUGGCUUUUUUGAGUUUUAAUUUAAGAUGUGCUUUUUUCAAUCUGUGCCUGAAAAUCGGCACCAACACGCCAUCAACACAGGAUGAACAUACCUGCAUGUUUAAAAAACAAAACGCCAUCAACAUAGGCCGUCUGCUUAAAUUUCUUCUGAAAGCUUGUGUCGUCUUUUUACAUUGACUAAGUUCUUCCCGCUGCUGCCUCCAACGUCGCACCACCGAUUUCUUGAUGCCAAGCUUACAUGCAGUGGCUCUAUCUCCUUCUUUGAUGGCCAGAUCCAUUGCCUUAAACUUAAAAGCUGCAUCAUAUGCAUUUCUUCGUGUUUUCCAUGUUCAGGGUGUGUGGAAAAAGUAGCGGCUUAUAGUCUGAAAUUUACGGUACGUUUUAGGAAUUUGAAAAUGUAAAAUUAUGUUCAGAUCUGACUGUUGCAUAAACAAAAACAUCUAAAAAAUGUUGCCGCCCUAGAGUAUAAUGUUAUGAAGCAUGAUUAUGAGUCCCAUUAGUAAUUUAUGUUUGCAGAUACAAUAUUUUCUAAAACCAAAUUUAGUUUUGAUCUCACCUUCAUGGACUUUGGAUGUUGGAAAAACAACUCUAAACUCAAGUGACUACUAUUUGAGAAAUGGGAAAAAAAGAUGUCCCCGUUUUGGAUUUUGGAUCAUCUGACCUCAAAUUUGACCACUGGAUUCAGCAGUAUAAGGAGUUUGGAUUUGCAGCGACAAGGACAAGAACUAUUGCUAAAGAAAGACUAUUCUUUAAAACUAUUCCUCUAACUUUUUGAAUGCUCCUGUCUUCUGUAGAAUCCCUUUGUUUUUAAAUGUAUUUUCUGGAAUUGUGUUGAAAGCUGUUGAAAGGGUCGAGUCACUACACGUUUAACCAAUAGGCUGCGUUCACAUUCUACAAUUUGAUGUCAUAGUUUGAGAUGGAGCGUGAGGCCUAUGUAACUCUACAGGAGAUUCAUCGUUUAUGGAGGAAAUGUCCAAAUUUAUGUUCUACAAACACUGUCAACUUGUCAUAUUAAUCUUGUGGUGAUGUCCUUUCAACUGAUGACAACCAUUUCUUUUAGGUUGAAUAAUAGCACCACUCUCUGAAGUGUUAAGGGGGCAAAAAUCCACUCUUGUAUAUUUAUACUGACAGAGAGGACCUUGAACUUUGUGUCAGUUUGUGUUUCAUGUGGAUAGGCCAUAGACUGAGUAAAGAAUUGGUAUGUGAAUGUGAUGUCACCUAUACCGUUCGACUCCAAUCAAAUGAAGCUCAUCAAGGCUGGCAGUUAUAGGCGCCAAUUUGGAGCUGAGUUCCAUAUUAGGAAUUCCGAUGGCGAAUAUCAUAGCAACCAAAGAGCCAAUACAGAGCCAGGCUGUUGAAGGUAACGCCCCUUCCCGCCCGCACCACUGGUUUAGCAGGGAGCAAGCGUUAAGCAACACUGUCAUUUUAACACUAGUGGGGGCAAACUAGGGGAAAGAAAGCAACUGAUUACUCUGUUAUUAAUUUUCAUAUCUUGAUUUACAGAAACCUUAGCAAAAUAAAAACACUGAGUUCAUGUAGAGCAGGUUAAUACAGACAUUUUAAGAACAAAAUGACUCGCUGUAGCAGUUACAGAGAGAGGGGCCACAGUUUUUCAAUGUAAAGUAUUGAUGGAGCCAAAAGUGUGGCCAUGAUCAUUUCCUAUUUGGAAUGCGGCGGCUAGCAGGUUAGCUAUGUCCAUUUAUAUAUACAGUCUAUGGGACAGGGCCAAUAAUUACAGAGAUAUUAACCAUAAACCAGGUCAACAAAUCUGCAAUUUGACAGCUAUACAGCAAAUUCCCCCUGAGGAUUCAGACCUGUCUCCAGAGAUUGUAAAAGGUGAUGUCUCAUGAACGCAGCCCAUUGGAGGACAUCUCUGGUAUUCAAGUGUGGAACUUUUAUUGAUUUGGGCCAUUAAACAUGAACCAUUUAAACGUCAACAAUAUGAAUAAUGCCUUUUUAUACAGGACUUUGCUGAGUAUAGACAUGUGUGCUUCCUACUAUGUGUUUUUGUAACAUGGGGAUGUUAUUAGUAUGAUUUUGAAUGACCUGUUUGUAACGUUUGUCAAAAUUGGAUUCACUGAAAUUAAAAGAUAUUGAGAGAAUGUAAA